GUCAUACACUUCUUUCAUUUCUCGGAAAGAAACAACCUUGUCAGAAAUCAUGUCUGGACGUGGAAAGACCGGAGGCAAAGCCAGAGCAAAGGCCAAGACCCGCUCCUCUCGUGCUGGGCUGCAGUUCCCAGUCGGCCGUGUUCACAGGCUGUUGAGGAAGGGCAACUACGCUGAGCGCGUGGGCGCUGGAGCUCCCGUCUAUCUGGCUGCAGUGCUGGAAUACCUGACUGCUGAGAUCCUGGAGUUGGCUGGAAACGCUGCUCGUGACAACAAGAAGACCAGGAUCAUCCCCCGCCAUCUGCAGCUGGCUGUCCGCAACGACGAGGAGCUCAACAAACUGCUUGGCGGAGUUACCAUCGCUCAGGGCGGUGUUCUUCCUAACAUCCAGGCUGUGUUGCUGCCCAAGAAAACCGAGAAAGCUACCAAGACCAAGUAAAGCACCUCCACCGAACUAAUAAACCCAACGGCUCUUUUAAGAGCCACCCACCCUACUUAAAGAGAAACAUUCCUUUAUCAUUAUUUUUCUGAUGAAAGUAAUUAAUCAAACUAGGUAAAUAAAAGCUCCCUGUUGGGUUCAGUUGUUGCAAAUACAUAAUCCAUAUUUUGUGGUUACUUUCAUUCUUGGUUUCUUCCCUCUGCCUCUUCAGAAG